CGAUGAGAUUUUAGGUUAGAAUAACGUAGAUGUAUGUAAUUUGUUAUCAACUUAUCAAUAAUAUUUAUUGUAUUGUAUUAUCAUUGAAAUAGAAAUUAGAUAGAGAACUACCUCUGGCGUGUACCACAGAGUACCCACAAUCUCAUGUUUAAGGUUAUAAAGUACAACCGGUGGGCAUGGGAAUUUUUCGUUUCUGUUUACAAUCUUCAGUGAAAAAUGUUUUAAAUAACUUUACUCGAGCCUUGUCUAACAACAUGACACAUCAAGAGAUAUCUAAAAGGAUCGUUUGGGUGGAUUUGGAAAUGACUGGUUUAGAUAUAGAGAAGGAUCACAUACUUGAGAUAGCAUGUCUUGUAACAAAUGCUAACCUUGACAUAGUAGCUCCUGGACCAAACAUAAUCAUACAUCAGCCUGAUGAAAUCCUUAAUGCUAUGAACCUGUGGUGUGUUAAUCAACAUGGUGAGAGUGGAUUGACAGAGGCUAGCAGACAAUCCUCUAUAUCAGUACAAGAAGCUGAGAGUCAGGUUUUAAAGUUUUUGAGCAAACAUGUUCAUGAGAACAGGAGUCCUCUAGCAGGAAAUAGUGUUUAUAUGGAUAGACUAUUCUUAAGGAAGUAUAUGCCAAAAUUGGAUUCAUAUUUACACUAUAGAAUAAUUGAUGUUAGCACAAUAAAGGAAUUAGCAAAGAGAUGGUAUCCGCAAGAAUUUUCUCGAAUACCGAGCAAAAAAUUUCAACACAGAUGUAUGAAUGAUAUUUUAGAAAGUGUUGAAGAAAUGAAGUAUUACAAAGAAAAUAUUUUUAAGAAGGUUACACUGAGAGAAUCAUAAGCAGGUUCACAAUUUCUCAUAGACCACAUUCAAAAUUUUACCGGUUAAGUUAAAGCCACUGUUGGUACAUUUGUUUUGCACAGUUACCAACUUCCACAGUACCGUCACCCCACAAGGCCAACAUGGACCAUUUUGGGAAUCAGUAUUCUAUAAUGGAUUGUUUGUAACAUUAUUCAGAUAUUAUAUUUUUAUAUUACAAGGUGGC